GAUAUUUAUAGCUCAAGAUGUGUCUCCAGUGCAUAGACGUACAGGAUUCGUCCUGCAAACAACAUAUUCCUUCAGAUUAGCUUUAAACAAAAUCUAAUAUCGACAAUGAUGAAAAUUGUUUUAUUCGCUCUCGCUACAUUAGCACUGGUUUCUGCAGUACCAGAGGAUGCAGCGCCUGCGCAGCCCGCAGUUCAAAUCGUGAAACAAGACUCUGACGUUAACGUCGAUGGCUACAACUUUGAAUUUGAGACAAGCGAUGGAACUGUUCGACAAGAGCAGGGUGAUUACAAAAACGACACUGACCAGCAGGGUCUCUUGGUGAAGGGUAGCUACAAGUACGUAGCCCCUGAUGGACAGCAAAUCCAGGUCACCUAUGUAGCCGAUAAGAACGGGUAUCAGCCCACAGUAGACAACAGCAGCCAGCCUGGCCCACCACCUCAAGCAUAAAUUAACUUCACUUCGCUCAAUCAAAUUUGAUUUUUAAGUACCCACUUGUAAACAAUUUGUAAUGUCUAGUCGCAAAUUUUUCAACAUUAAAAU